AUGAGCAACUCUCGUUCGCGUACGUUGGAAAUCAGAGUCCUGUCAGCGGAAGACCUACGAAUCGGCGGCAGAUUUGUGAAAAAGAACGCUUUUGCGGUCGUGAAGGUUGAUUCUUAUAACUAUCAGGGAACAAAAGCCGAUCCUGUUGGAGGAAGCUAUCCUACCUGGGACGAAAUUCUUGAGAUCAAUUUCCCUGUGGCUGCAACUUCCUUAACCCUGGAAGUACAAUGCAAGACUUCUUCAGGUGACCGGCUAAUAGGGACUGCAAAUUUACCAGUUUCUGAUAUCAUUGGAGGGUAUACUCCGGAGAAUUAUUUGCGAUUCUUGAGUUAUAUUCUGAAAGAUACAAGAGGGAAGAGGAAUGGGAUUAUUAAUGUUUCUGUGAGAGUUAAAUCGCCAAAACAGGUGCGUUCUUCGCUAGGAAAACCCAAUGUGCCUGAUUAUGCAGCGUGUUCAUCCAGUGCAGGGUUGAAUGUGCCAGGAUGCAAGGGCUCUGAGCAAAAUAUUGAAGUUUCGAUUGGUGAGAGGAAAUUUGGGGGCGUUGUGACUGGGGUUCCUCUUUGGCCACCUAAUCGUGGCUAA